AACUGUGAGGAGACAAAUACUCAAAACCUUCCAUUAAUUUUCCCGGUGCAACUGAAGGCUAGGGGACACUGACGAGGACGGGACUUGUCCUGUCUCUUUUCAGCUGAGUCUUUUGAUCAGCUGUUGGUGGGACCUGUACUCUAAAUGAUGGACACUAAUAAAAGGCUCAGUCGGGGCGAACGAAGUGGAAGAUAUGGUCCAGAUAAUAUAAGAGAUGACAUGGAUUGGCACAAAAGACCAAGUGGAUACGUGGAGAGGGAUUACAAUCGAGGCAGGGUUGAUGAUAGACACAGAGAUCGCCUUGAUGACUGCCGAGACAGUCCAGAGAGGGGCCGAAAGCGAAGCCACUGUGACAGUUCUGAUGAUGAAUAUGACGGGGAUCGUCCAGACCAGGACCACAAAACGGUGCAGAGGGAGAGGAACAAGCCUAUUGCGCUAAGAGGUCUCCCUCCUAAUAUCACAGAGGAGGAAAUCCGCGCAGCACUUGAACAGUUGCAGGGGCCGCAGCCUGCAAGCAUAGGUGUGUUUAAGAAAAUGACAGGUAUAACCCAAGAUUUCCCCGUCAUGGAGUUUUAUCACGUGCAAGAUUCUACCCGAUGGAUGAAGACCAAUCAGUACAAGUUGGUGAUCCAGGGGAAACGCGUCUCAGUGAAAUACAGCUACAGAAGGGCCAUGUAUGAUAACUGGCUUUGCAAAUCGUGUGGCCUGUGCAAUUUUAGGAGAAGGCCCAACUGUAUCAAAUGUGGAGUUGAUGGAGAGUCCCCUGCUGUAGAUAGUAUUAAUGUGGAACCUCAACAGGAAAGUGAUACAGACACAUUAAUUCUGAGAAAUAUAGCCCCGAUUUCAUCUAUCGAUGGGAUUUUGAACAUGUUGUCCCCCUAUGCUAUCCUGUCUGCGAGCCAAGUCCACCUCAUGGAUCACAAUCAGAUGAAAAAUAACAAAGGCCUUGGCUUUGUCCAACUUUCAUCUCCCUUGGAGGCCUCUGAGCUGCUCACCAUCCUCCAAAGCCUUCAGCCACCUCUAAAACUGGAUGGAAAAACAUUAGCUGUGAAUUACGCCAAGAGUUCUAUAAGAAAUGGAGCACAGCAUUGUGGUAAGCAAGCCACUCAUAUCUCAGUUGCCAGCACAGCCAUCGCUGCCACCCAUUGGCCAUCCAGCCAGUUACAACCAGGUUCAGAUGCCACCUCUGAUUUUGUUACUCCUCCUGAGGGCUUUUUGCAGCAGUCACAGGAACCGAAUUAUCAGGUGUGGCAGCAGCAGCAUCUGAAAGGAUUGUCGCUUGUCAAUGGAGAUGGCUUCCCUGGAGCUGCCCCAGGAAUGAAGACUUUGCUCCCUGCAGCCACGGGGGUGGUCAUAUCCCAGACAGCUCAAAUUUACCAACCUGUCGUUUUCAGCCAGACUGCCAUACAGUCACAUCAUGUAGCGAUGGCGGUUGAUGCAGAGCAGCAACAGCAUCAGCAGCAUCAGCAGCAUCAGAUGCAGCAUCAGCAGCAUCAGAUUCAUCAGCAGCAGCAGCAGCAUCAGAAUCAUCAUCAGCAGCAGCAGCAUCAGAAUCAUCAACAGCAGCAUCAGAUUCAUCAGCAGCAGCAGCAGAAUCAUCAUCUGCAUCAGCAGCAGCAUCAGAAUCAUCAUCAGCAGCAGCAGCCGCAUCAGAAUCAUCAUCAUCAGCAGCAGCAUCAGAAUCAUCCUCAGCAGCAGCAGCAUCAGAAUCAUCAUCAGCAGCAGCAGCAUCAGAUUCAUCAGCAGCAGCAUCAGAAUCAUCAUCAGCAGCAGCAUCAGAAUCAGCAGCAGCAGCAUCAGAAUCAUCAGCAGCAGCAGCCGCCUCAGAAUCACCAUCAGCAGCAGAAGAAUCAUCAUCAUCAUCAUAUUCAUCAGCAGCAGCAUCAGCCGCCUCAGAAUCAUCAUCAGCAUCAGCAGCAGCAGCCGCCUCAGAAUCAUCAUCAUCAUCAUCAGCAGCAGCCGCCUCAGAAUCAUCAUCAUCAGCAGCAGCAGCCGCCUCAGAAUCAUCAUCAUCAUAUUCAGCAGCAUCAGCCGCCUCAGAAUCAUCAUCAGCAUCAGCAGCAGCAGCAGCAGCCGCCUCAGAAUCAUCAUCAUCAGCAGCAGCAGCAGCAGCAGCCGCCUCAGAGUCAUCAUCAUCAGCAGCAGCAGCCGCCUCAGAAUCAUCAUCAUCAUCAUCAGCAGCAGCAGCCGCAGCCGCCUCAGAAUCAUCAUCAGCAGCAGCAGCCGCCUCAGAAUCAUCAUCAUCAGCAGCAUCAGAAUCAUCAGCAGCAGCAUCAGAAUCAGCAGCAUCAGAAUCAUCAUCAGCAGCAGCAGCAUCAGAAUCAUCAUCAGCAGCAGCAGCAUCAGAAUCAUCAUCAGCAGCAGCAGCAGCAGCAGAAUCAUCAUCAGCAGCAGCAGCAGCAGAAUCAUCAGCAGCAGCAGCAGCAGCCCCCUGCAAGUGUUUCCAAAGCGCCACCAGUAACACCAGCUGCUUCUUCUGUUUCACCUACAGUUUCUGCCUCCCAAACUAUUAAAACAUCAGCUGACCCUGAUAUGUCCACAUACCAGUUUGACAAGGAUUCAGGCUACUAUUAUGAUCCGCAGACUCGUCUCUACUAUGAUCCCAGCAGCCAAUACUACUACAACUCAGAGACUCAGGAGUAUCUCUACUGGGAUGGUGAGAAACAGACAUACGUCCAGGCGACAGAAGACAUGAUGGCAGAACAAAGUUCAAGCAGUCCAGAGCCCAAAGGAAAAAAGAAGGCAAAAACGAGGUCUUCACAGAAGAUUGCAGAGAACAUGGAACGAUGGGCAAAAAGCUUGAAUAGGCGAAAAGGGAGUUCUAAGAGCAGUGUCCAAGACUCGGGACCGUCGAAGGAGGAAGACAAGAAAUGCUCCUCAGCUGCUGAUGCAGGUUUCUCCCUCUUCAAAGAGAAGCAAAGCAGAGAUUUUGAGAUGCCGUCACUCAUGAAUGAACAAUUUAAGAUCCCGGAGCAGGAAACCAAGAGUGACCCGUUUGUUUCUUACAAUGGCGACAAUGAGCCAGAGGAGGGCGGCAUGGAUGGAGCAGCGGAUGAUUGGAUGACGGGGGUUUGCCUGCUGUGUCAACGGCAGUUCCCCACCAAAGACGCUUUGCUGCGUCACGAGCAGCGCUCUGACCUCCACAAGCAAAAUGUGGAGAUUCAGAAAAGAUCAAUACUUUCAGAAGCUGAGAAGGGGAGGAGAGACGCUGAGCUGAAGUACAGAGACAGAGCUGCAGAGAGGAGGGGGAGAUCUGGUGCUUAUACAGCCAAGAAGGAAUUUCAACCGCCAGCACACUAUGGCAAACCCACCAACAAUGGCCCGAGGCAAAGCAAUAACAUUGGGAACCACAGGUUUCCAGCUAUGGGCUGGCAGAAGGGCAGCGAUCUGGGGCACCACCAAUAGGACAUCACCUCUCCAAUCCCGGCUUCAUUUAGGACUAAGGGUACCGGCUUGGGUAUUCAAUCAUAUGAACUCUCACCAUACGACAGCUACUGGGAGACAGCUCAUGGGGCCAUGUUUGCGCGCUUCAAUGAGUUUGAUUAAACUAGAGAGAGUAAGGACAUCACACUGAACUGUGAGUGGCUAGGUUUGUGGCCAAAUGAUCUCACUGUGAAUAACUUCUUUCCCUGUACAGAAUUUUAUAUUUUUAUCAUGUUUAUGUAUAUAAAAAGUAGUUUUGUUUAAAAUGUGUGUUCUGAUGAACAUGUCCACGUUUUUGAAUGUAAGUUCAUACGUUUAUGUGGAUCAGCUUUGGUUUUCUGUUUUUGUGAGAAUCUAAAAGAAUUGAUAAUUAAAACGGAUCUUUGUGCUUACAAA